GCACUGGGAUGUCCCUGGGAUGGCACUGGGACCUCCCCAGGAUGUCACCUGUCCUGUGACAGGACACCAGGGUGGCCCCGGGGUGGCCCUGGGAUGUCACCUGUCCUGUACCAGGGCACUGGGAUGUCCCCAGGGUGUCCCCAGGAUGGUCCCUGUCCUGUGCCAGGACACUGGGAUAUCCCCGGGAUGGCACUGGGAUAUCCCCAGGAUGGUCCCUGUCCUGUGCCAGGACACUGCGAUGUCCCCAGGAUGUCCCCAGGGUGUCCCCAGGGUGUCCCCAGGGUCUCCCCUGUCCUGUGCCAGGGCACUGGGACCACCCCAGGAUGUCCCCAGGGUGUCCCCAGGAUGUCCCCAGGGUGUCCCCUACCCUUUACCCAGGAUGUCCCCGACAUGUCCCCUGCCCUGUGCCAGCCACCGGGAUGUCCCCAGGAGGGUCCCCGGUGCCACCUCCUUGUCCCCGAGCCCUCACCCAGGUGGCGACACCCGGAGCUCUCCGGAAGCCACCGGGGCUGCGUGGCCUGUCCCUGUCCCCGGCUGCCACCCCGCUGUCCCAACCGGAAUAAAAAAAUCCCGGGAGAACCAAAAUCCCGGGAAUUCCGGGCUCGGCGAGCCCGGGCACCUGCCCGAGCCCUCACCUGUGUCACCGCGGGUGCCACCGCACCUGGCAGGUGUCCCCAGCCCCGCAGGGGGACCGCCGAGCUCAGGUCCUGCCCCUCGGCCGUGUCCCCGCAGCCCCCGCGAUGUCACCGAUGUCCCCCCCGCGGCAGCGCCCGUGUCCCCAAAUCUGCCCUGCCGGCCCCGCUGGGUCCUCAGGUGUCACCCUCGGCCCCCAAAUCCUCUGGGACAGAGCCCCCCAUGGUCGCCUGCCCGCAAUCUGCCUACCCUGUGCCCCUAAAUCCUCCCUCCUGUGCCCCCCAAAUCUGCCUUCCUGUGCCCCCAAAUCUGUUCCACCUGUGCCCCCCAAAUCCGCCCUCCUGUGCCCCCCAAAUCCGCCCUCCUGUGCCCCCAAAUCUGUUCCACCUGUGCCCCCCAAAUCCGCCCUCCUGUGCCCCCCAAAUCCAGCCCCCUGUGCCCCCAAAUCCGUCCCACCCUGUGCCCCCCAAAUCUGUCCCACCUGGGCCCCCAAAUCUAUCCAUCCUGAUCCCACCCUGA